UUUCUGCCUACCCUUCAGCCUUGCACAGGUGUACCGGCUCCUCCCCUUCAGUCUUGCCCAGGUGUACCGGGUCCUCCCCUUCAGCCUUGCACAGGUGUACCGGCUCCUCCCCUUCAGUAUUGCACAGGUGUACCGUCUCCUCCCCUUCAGCAUUGCACAGGUGUACCGUCUCCUCCCCUUCAGCCUUGCACAGGUGUAGCGGCUCCUCCCCUUCAGCCUUGCACAGGUGUACCGGCUCCUCCCCUUCAGUCUUGCACAGGUGUACCGGCUCCUCCCCUUCAGUCUUGCACAGGUGUACCAACUUCUCCCCUUCAGUCUUGCACAGGUGAACUAGCUCCUCCCCUUCAGUCUUGCACAGGUGUACCGACUCCUCCCCUUCAGUCUUGCACAGGUGUACCGGCUCUUCCCUUUAAGCCUUGCACAGGUGUACCGGCUCCACCCCUUCAGUCUUGCACAGGUGUACUGGCUCCUCCCCUUCAGUCUUCACAGGUGUACCGGCUCCUCCCCUUCAGUCUUGCACAAGUGUACCUGCUCCUCCCCUUCAGUCUUGCACAGGUGUACCGGCUCCUCCCCUUCAGUCUU